ACUUCGACGCAACGAUAUUCACUCCAUCACCGUCUCGCCUCGUCUGUUCACCGGCUCAACGUUUCGAUGCGAAAUCUCGAAGCGAUCGCUCGCAUCCUCCGAAGCAAGACCAUGAGGAGCAACAUGGCGGAUGACAAGCAGCCCGGGGCCUCGAGAACGGCUGAAUCGCGCAGGAGAACCUGCCAAGAGCACGACGACGAGGACUGUCCGAGCGAGAACGAGCGCGAGUUCGAGUCGCUAGAAUACGAGGAGGACGUGUAUUACUCCAAAUUGACGAGCACGCCGAGCUUCGACGACAUCGACGAGGUCGGUGACGACGUGGACGAGCUGGUGGUGCACUGCUGGCGCGACUCCAACGGCGAGAUCGACGAGAUCGUCGUGGACGACGGCAACCUGUCCGUCGAGACGGAGUUCGUGCCGGAAGAGUCAGGGCCGCGUGAUGGCGGCGACGGCCGCAGGAAGCGGCGGUCGGUACGCGUGAUCUUCCAGGACCUGUCGAAGCCGUAUCUCGCUAAGAUCAGCAACAGCCAGAACUACAAGAAGUUCCUCGAGCUGGUAAAAGGAGAGGACGCCUCGCUUCACUCGGGCGGCUCCCUGUCACCCACAUCGGAUAAUGUGGCGAACGAGCUGCAAGGUCUGUCCUUGGAGGAGCAAGAACGUCAGAAGGCCGAAUGGAGCGCAGAGCUGGCGAAGGUGGAGGAGGAGAUACAGACUCUGAGACACGUCCUCGCGAGCAAGGUCAGGGUUGCGCAGGAGCUGAAGAGGAAGCUGGGUAUCAGCGUGUGGAAGGAGCUCACCGACGACGUCAAUCAGGGCCUCAAGAAUGUCAAGGAGAGUCACGUUUAUCAGAACGUCGGCGAGAAACUCGGUCAGUUUACCAAGGCGGUCUCCGAAAACACUUUAUUCCAAAAGACAGAAUCCGUCUUCAAGUCCACGGCUGAGAAAACUUCGAGUAUCCUGGGUGGCUUUGGUAGCGGCAUCUCCAUGAAGUUGGGUCAGAUGCGCAACUCCGACAGCUUCCGGUCCCUGGAGGAGAGGGUCGGAUCAGCCUACGAGAACGUCAAGACGAAAGUCGUGCCUUCAAGGUCCAACUCGACGCAGAGCUUCGACGAGGCCCUUCGGGAGUCCGAGGCGAUGAGGCGCGCGUCCGCGGCUCCGACGGCCACCAGCCCGACCAUUCCCGAGGACAAGCUGCUCUCUUAGAGCCCGUCGCACGCUGAGACAGGCGCAUGCCUCGUCUAUCGCGCCUCUCUUCAAUGCUGAUAACGCGCCGCGCUAUAUCACCGUUCAAUCGUCCGCUGCAAUUGCUAAUAGAGGGCCAAACGACGCAUCCGUGCUCGACGCCUCGAGGCGAGCACGGUCGUCCGAGUACUAUCCUACUUCUAUCGAAUAAAGUAUACGUAUAUUUUUCUCGCACGCCAUUCCCACACCAUACCCUCGCAGGAUCUUUCCCCGGGCACGUUCAGGACAUCCUUAGACGCGGAAAAUGCAUCUCGCGACACUUGUCCUCCAGUUCUCCUCGAGAGGAGACCCGCACCUCCGACGAUAAAAUCGCCCUCGGACUUCUUUCCUUACUUCGCCGAUUCGAGAGUUCGUCAUGUAAAUAUGAUGAAAUAUUACGCGCCAGGCUUGAAUCUGAAGGUUGUUACGCGGGGAUUUACUUGACAUAUUGCGAAGAUUGUGAAUUACAUUGAGCAAUGAUAGAUAACGGCGAUAAAAUCACGGUGAAACUCUCGCGACGUUUUCUCAUGAUUCUCACGACACAGUGUGCAACUUUUCACAGUUUUUGUCUCGCCGAUGUGAGCAACCGAGUGGCUGCAUCGGGCGAAUUUAGCGACGAUUUACGUAGGUGGGUUACGUAGUUGCAAAUUUAUUUUCGCACGUAUCUGUUACCCUUCCUUCCUUCCUCCGGCACCGCGGAAUUUGAUCGUGAAUUAUCGGUGUCCUGAAUCUGACCUGAAUCGGAGCUGCCAAACGACGAGUUUAAAUAUCUUCAACGAUUCGCGAUGAGACCCGUCCGCCGACAAUACUACUACUAUUAUACGUACUUUACACUGUAUACAAACGAGACUUCUCACUUCUACGCAAACCUAAUUAGCGGGCGAGCUGUUCUGAGCGCAUUCGGAUUCAGUCUGCUUAGUAGGCAAACUCGAUCAGAGUCUCGAGGAACAUUGAACGCGCUUUACUUCUCUUGUUGAUGAUUACAGCGAGUUGAAAUGAAAGAAUUAUGCGAGAAUCAUUGGAAAUAUAAAUGAAUAAAAUUGGUCACGAGCAGUUAACAAGAAUUAUUACAAAUUAUAAUAAUGAAAAGAGAAUUUGCGAACAUUACGAGUAAUUUUGUUUUCCGGACGAGUCUUGACAGAAAAUCCGAACUGUCCAAAUUAUGUUCUAUAUGUUCUCUCUACACGUUCGAAUUUAAGAAAAUAUUUAAGUAUUCUAUUUCUAAUUACUUACACUGUGUAUAUCAGAUGCUCGAAAAAAAAAAGAAAAAAAUUCCUCGCGACUCUCGAUUUUACAAAUGGAUAUUUUUGAAACGCGCAGAUAAUCUAACGUUGAAUUAGCAGGAAAAUUCGAGUGAUAUUUUAUAUUUAGCUUUAUAAAGAGAGAAGAAAAAUGAGAAGAAACAAUUAUCUACGACGCACGGUUUGUUAACAUGUAUCGUUUAAGAGAGAAACAUAAUGAUUUACACGCGAAUUUACGGAGCAUUUGUAUACACACAAUGUUACGAAUAAACACUAUAUUAUUUAAUCUUA